AUGCCGACCGUACAUGUCAAGGGUGGUCGCAACGUGCACUACACAGAUGAGUCCAUAACAGCCAAAUACAUCUACCACACGACACGCGUCACUAAAGAAAAAGAUGGGGACGUGACUGUGGAGCCGAUGGACGUCGCGUUGCGCUUUCGUACACUUCGCAAACAAACUAAGUGUGGUAUCAUGAUGGUGGGGUGGGGCGGGAACAAUGGAACGACAGUGACGGCCGGCAUUCUGGCCCACAAGCAUGGUCUGACGUGGCGCACAAAGACAGGGGAAUUGCAGCCAAACUAUUUUGGCUCCAUCACGCAGUCCAGCACAAUGAAUCUGGGCCUGACAAGUGACAUGAAGGAGGUAUUUGUGCCGCUGAAGGACGUUGUGCCCAUGAUAAACCCGACUGACCUCGUUAUUGGUGGGUGGGAUUGCAGUGGAUUGAAUCUCGCUGAUGCCAUGCGCCGCGCCUGUGUCUUGGAUCUUGCUCUUCAGGAUGCAUUGCAGAAAUACAUGAAGGAAAUGCGGCCUCUUCCUGCUCUUUUUGAUCCUGAUUUUGUUGCAGCAAACCAAGAGGAGCGUGCUGAUAACGUCCUGUCAGUGCAACACAAGUGGGAGGCGGUGGAGAAGUUACGGUCUGACAUCUGCACAUUUAAGGAGACUCAUGGGUUGGAUAAAGUUAUUGUGGUCUGGACAGCCAGUACCGAGCGUUUCUCGGAUCAUGUUGAGGGUAUACAUGACACGCCUGACAACCUGCUGGACGCAGUAAAGCGCAACGAAAAAGAAAUUGCACCAUCUGCACUCUACGCAGUGGCAGCCAUCUUGGAGGGAUGCAGCUACAUUAACGGUGCACCGCAGAAUACGCUCUGCCCCGCUAUUAUUGGCCUUGCCGGUCGACAAGGUGUGUUUGUCGCUGGAGAUGACUUUAAGAGUGGACAAACGAAAAUCAAAAGUGCUUUGGUAGAAUUUUUUGUGGCGGCAGGCAUCAAGCCAGAGUGCAUUGCAAGUUACAAUCAUCUUGGAAACAAUGACGGACGUAAUUUAGCUGCACCGAAGCAGUUCCGCUCAAAAGAGAUUACAAAGAGCAGUGUGGUUGACGACAUGGUGGCGUCCAACGAGGUGCUGUAUCCCGCUGGUAGCAAGGGACCCGAUCACUGUAUAGUCAUUAAGUACAUGCCGUACGUGGGCGACGGCAAGCGUGCAAUGGAUGAAUACAGUUUUUCAAUCUUUAUGGGAGGAGCACAGACAGUGGUUUUGCACAACACAUGCCAAGAUUCUCUGUUGGCGGCGCCGCUUAUCAUUGAUUUGGUUGUCUUGACCGAACUAAUGGAACGCGUUUUCGUCAAGAUAGAGAGCGAGGAAUCCAACGUUAAAGAUGAGGACCUUAACUCCUACGUCCACGUAGAUACGGUGCUGUCAAUUUUGUCAUAUCUCCUAAAGGCGCCAUGCGUACCCGAGGGCACACCCGUGGUGAAUGCAUUGAAUCGACAGAAGCAAUCUAUUGACAAUGUGUUACGUGCCCUCGUGGGGCUUCCGCCGGAAAAUAACAUGCUGCUUGAGUGUAGUCUUCCCUUCUUGCGUGGCAGGAAACCAGCAUAA